AUGCCAAAUGGCAUAACGCGUAAGCAGCCGGUGGUCUAUGAAUUCACUUCGAAAUUCUGCACAGAUUGCAACAGAUUUGGGCACUUGCAAGAGACAUGCCAAAGUUUAACUGCCGUUUCCCCCGUUGUCGUCCCUGCCGCUGCCGCCCCUGCUGCUGCACCAACUAAGCUAGCAGAGGCAGCAAAGAGUAAGCCGACAGAAUGGACAAUCGUGCACAGAAGGGAUAAGGGCAAAACUAUAGCUACCGCAGCAAAACCGGCAGUAGAGGUGCAGCAACCGCCUUCUCCACCGGCCGACAAAGUGGAACAGGGGAGGCAGAACAUGAGGGCACCGCAACCGCAAAAGCCUGAGGAUGCAGUGGUUCCUUCACCGGCUGAUUCUGUAAGCUCAUCAGCUGAUUUGUCGAUGGCCGCACAAAAUAAAAUGCCUGGGAGAAAGACCGAGGAGAAUGCAGCGUUGGGCGGCACAUCGAAAAAGAGGGCCGAAGGAGAGUCCCCCCUCAAUCCCCAUGAAGAUAGGAUUCUGGAACCAUCAUCUAUUCCGAAGAUUCUAAGUCGCUCAUUUCCGGGAUGGUGCCAAACCAACAACUUUGACACCAUUGCCGGCGGACGCAUCCUUGUGGUGUGGGACCCGACAGUCAUUGACCUACAUCCGGUUGACAUAUCUCCCCAAGUGAUCCAUUGUCGUGCCACGAAUAAGUCCUCUCAACUCUCCUUCUAUAUUUCAUUUACAUAUGGUCUUUAUUCUGUUGUCAAUAGAAGGAGCAUGUGGGAUAAACUUACUGAUUUGGGACAAGCACUUAGCAUGCCAUGGCUUAUUAUGGGCGAUUUCAACUGUGUGAAAUCUCCCGAGGAGAAGCAGCUUGGAGUGGCACCGAUUUGGUAUGAGCUUAAAGAUUUUGUGGACUGUUGUGUAGCACUUGGAUUACUCGACGUUCCCACUAUGGGCUGCUACUAUACAUGGUAUUCCAACAACGAAAGCAACCCCGUAUGGUGCAAGCUCGACCGGGUCUUAUACAACAAUGAAUGGCUUGAGGCCGGCUUGUAUUGCAGCGCCCAUUUCAAUCCACCGGGAUGCCUGUCCGACCACUCUCCGGGUAUUGUUUCUAUCUUUGAUCAUGCACCCACCAAGCCAAAACCGUUCCGUUUUUUCAAUAUGUGGGCAGAUCAUCCGGAUUUCUUAGCUACUGUUGAAGCAAGAUGGAAUUUGAGCGUGGAUGGAACGCCGCAAUUCAGCCUUUGUAGGAGACUGAAAGCACUUAAAAGCGCGCUCAAGGUAUUCAACAAGCAGCACUACAGUCACAUCUCCGCCAGGGCCACAGAGGCUGAGCUUGCCCUGCAAGAUGCCCAAAACCAACUUGAAUCCAAUCCGGGAGAUGUGGCGCUACGGAACUCUUUGGGAGAUCUUAGGAAGAAGGUUGUUUUUCUCGCCGAAGUCGAACGACACUUCUUCUACCAGAAAGCCAAAAUCCACCAUCUUAAAGAGGGGGACCGCAACACCAAGUUCUUCCACGACAUGGUGAAGAGGAAUGUCGCUAGGAAUUCCAUCGGGGCAAUCACUAGGGCGGACGGGACUGUUAUCACUGCUGCCGAGGAUGGUGUGUUUGAAUGGGGGCCCUUACUUUCCCCUAAGCAUACUGUGGAGCUUUGCCGGGCAGUCAUGCCGUUGGAAGUCAAGGAUGCCAUCUUUCAUAUUAGCGACAACAAGGCUGCCGGCCCAGAUGGAUAUUUCUCGUGCUUUUUCAAAAAAGCAUGGAACAUUGUGGGUGAUCAAGUUUGCAGGGCCGUCUUGGAUUUCUUUAGGUGUGGGCGGAUGCUACGGCAACUCAACCACACUAUCAUUGCCCUUGUGCCGAAGUCAGAUCAUUCCACCUACGUUGCGGAUUACCGGCCGAUUUUGUGCUGCAAUGUCAUUUACAAGGCUAUCACGAAAAUUAUCUCGGAUCGGCUCGCGCCCGCUUUGAAGCACUUGAUUGACCGAUGCCAAGCUACGUUUGUUGGAGGCCGCAAUAUCACAGAUAAUAUUUUCUUGGCCCAAGAAAUGGUGCGGCAGUACUCGAAGAAACGAAUUUCACCUCGAUUGGCUAUGAAUGGCUCCCUUCAUGGGUUUUUUCCGGGGAAGAAAGGCCUUCGACAAGGAGACCCGAUGUCGCCGGCACUCUCUCUUCUUAGUAUGGAAUAUUUCUCCCGAUUGGUCAAGAGGAAAACAUCUACUUCGGACUUCAACUUUCACCCAAAAUGUGAGAAGUUGAAAAUCACACAUCUCCUCUUUGCCGACGACCUCAUGCUUUUCUCCCGUGGCGACCUACCAUCUAUCCAUGUCUUGAUGGAACGCCUCCAGGAGUUUAGGGACGUAUCCGGCCUCACCGUCAACACCUCUAAGUCAAGCAUUUUCACAGCGGGCAUUCAAAAUGAGGAGCUUGACGAGAUUCUCGCUCGGACGGAGUUUGCGAGAGGUGAGAUGCCGGUCAGAUACCUUGGCAUUCCACUAGCGGCACAGCGGCUUUCUGUCACCAACUACUCACCGCUUGUGGAUCAAAUCGCCAACUGCAUUUCGAAGUGGACGAGCAAAUCAUUAUCUUAUGGACGGUCUACACACUUUGGAGACAACACAAUGAAGUCAUCUUUGAGGGCUCAACACCCUGUCCCGAGGGGCUCAUUAGUUCAGUCAAGAUUCUUUGCUGCUGCUGGUGCAAAUUUCCUACAGAUUGCAGCAUUUUCCUGCUACCGCUGUGCACCUUCCACCACUUCUCCGGCCAAAAUCAGAUGGAGGGUUCACACUAUCCCAAUCUUGGGGAUCCAGUUUCCAACAGCACGAGAGCGGUUGGUUAAUCUUUCAUUUUGCCCGUGA